CCCGCCCAGUCGCCGACCGCCCGCCUUGCAUCGCACGCGCAUCCAAACAGAAUAAUUCAAUUUGCAAUUACACAGCAUAUGGAUACACGAUAAGAGCAAGUUAAAAUGUCUUUCCGAAAUUAUUAUGAUUCAUCGUCGUAUAAUAGAAAUAGAGACGCGGGAAGGUCUACGAUCAACACAGCCACAGAACGUCCAGCAUCACUUACUACAAAAUACACUACGACUUCAUCCAUAAAGACAUCCAGUAUUCCAGUACUUUCCGAUCGCAAUGCCCGCGAAGAAACUCCAAUCAGUGCCAUUGCGAAUAGAUAUGCUAGCUACAAUAAAACAAAUAUUGAUAAAUCACAUACACCAACCACAUCCUCUAAGUACGAGAAAAAAGAUUAUUCAAAACUAUCAAUUCCAUCCGUCAGUACAAAUAAAAGCAGAGAAGUUAGUCCUGUAUCUUCAACAUCGAAAUAUAAGCUAAACAGGCAUUCACGUCAAGCUAGCCCCGAAAGAAAAACAAGUAAAGGUUUUAAAGAAAAAUGUAAAGAUAAUGGAUCCACAGAACGCGACAAAGACAUUCCAACAAAGACUGAAAAGUCCUCAGGCUACAGCAGUCUGUCGAACUACAAACUUUAUCCCCGUUCUGUAAGUUACACUCGUCCUGUUUCGAGAGCAGAUUCAAAACCGGAAAUAAAUUACAAUCGUACGACCACAAGAACUGAAACCAAACCCGAAAUUAAUUAUACCCGCCCCACAACAAGAAAUGAAACAAAAUCUGAAAUAAAUUUCAGCCGCCCAACAGCAAGAUCCGAAAUAAAACCUGAAAUUACUGUAAACAGAUAUGCAAUAGCCAACCGUUUGUCAUCUUCGUCUUAUCUUAGAAGCCCGACACCAGUUAAGCGACCUUCAGUUUCUCCUGUUAAUCAUAUAGAAAUUCCAAAACAUGAACCAACAAAACCCGUCUUACCAAAUAUUAUAGUUGAGGAGAAUAAUUUGCCACAGAGAGAUGUUUCAGACGUAAAUAAUAAAGACAAAAAUCAAAUUGAUGUAGAUGACGACAAAGAAUUAGAAACUGUCACAGUAAUAACACGACAUACAUCGCCAACGCCACCUGGAUCUUCAUCUUAUGUUCGAAUAAGAAGAGCUGACCUGGCUAAAACGAUAGAAAAAAUAAUAACUAGAAAGAAAAAAAGACCAGAAGCAAUUGACAAAGAAAUCCAAUCUGACAGAUUAGAUGAUCCCACAAGAACAAGUCGGUUUGCGGGUACCAGCAGGACAAGUGUUACGAACUGGACAUAUUAUUCUCCAAACAUUAACAGCUAUACAGGUUAUGCAGGAAGAUAUUCAACACAGUAUUCUACACUAAGAGAUAAUUCAAAUUCUUACAGAGACAGAUGUAGCCGAAGUAGAAGCAAAGAACCUGUUGUAAAAGAAAGUACUCAAGAAGAAACUUCGGCAAAUAUGCAAGACAAUGAAUGUAAUGAUCAAGAUAAUAGAAUUUCAGAUUUUCCUCAAGAUGUCAUUAAUAUAUACGAAAAUAAUAAGGACGAUGAAACAUCUGAAAUCAUUAUAAAUGUUAAUUUGAAAUUAAAAAAAGCAAGAAGCCCAUCUGCUGUUUCUAUGACGGAACUCGUUUCUCCAGAAAUUACUAUUACAAAUAAUCAACUACCUCCUCAGCCUCCAAAACCAGAGGGUACGAGUAAGAUUAAAAAAGGAAAAGGGCGAAAAUCGAGUACGGAUUCUACAGAUUCAAAUUCCACUAAAAAGCUAAAAAGAAGGAGUAAAUCUGUUAGUUCAACUGAUUCUGAUCAAGGUAGUGAAAAAGGCAGUUGCAGUAAUGCUUCUUCAAGUAAUAAUAUAACAAAAAAUUUAAAAAAGACUAAAAUACAAAAUGGUCCUCAGAGCAUAAAACAUUACAAAUCAAGAGACAGUAAUAGCCCGGAAUCAAGCUUAACAUUAUCAUCAUCCAUAAGUGAAGAUGAAAAUGCAUCCAAAUCAAAAACGAACGAUAUCUCACGAACAUCAGCAGAUGAAACAUCUUUACCAACUGAUACAUCUAAUAAGCAUUCCUCUACAACGGCAUCACAUAAAAAUGAAAAUGGAACGGAAGAAGCAAAAUCAUUUUUAAUUAGGGCAUUGGCACCUGUUACUAAUCUUUUUAAACUACGUCACCAGGAUUCCAGUGAUAAUAAUAAAUGGAUUGAUAAUUCCACAUCAGAUUCAACUAGCAAGGAUGUUUCAACACUUCUAUCAGACAAUGCUGUAAGCAAAAAUAAAUGUCACACUGAUAAUGUAGUCGCUUCAAAUGAAGACAAUCUAGUCAAACUAAAAGGGAUCCGCCGAAUUGAAUCUGGUGAAAGAUCGUGGUGGCUAGAAUCAGAAAACAGUAAUAAAAGUAAUACUGAUACCAGUACUUAUGAGACGGCUAAUGAGAAUAAGAACGAAUCUCAACUUAGGCAACUGAAAAAAUCAGAAAGUAAUGAUUCAAAAAGGUCGUCAAAGAAAUGCUUAUUUAUAGAUGAAGAAAAGCCUUGGUGGUUAGACAGUAAUGCAAAUAUACCAGAAGGUAUUGAAAGGCUAACUCCACCUCGAAAAUCUUCCAGCGAAGAUGAUAGAACUGAAGAAAAGAAUUAUAAUUUCUAUAAACUUCGACAAAUGGAAUCUGGAGAACAAAAGGAUUGGUUUUUAUCAAGUAAUGACAGUUCUUCUAAAAAUAAUAAAACAGACUCACCCAAUAACUUGAGUCUAAGUAAAUCUGGUUCCGACCAAAAAACGUUUCCUUUCAGACGAAUAAGACAUAUUGAAUCUGGUGAGAGACCUUGGUGGUUAUCGAGUGAUAAAAACAUUCCAGAAGGUAUUGAAAAGUUACCCACUCCGCCACCUCAAGAAGAAAGUGAUUCUUCUGAUUCCGAAGAAGUUGAAGUAUAUAUGCCAUCUUCACAAAUACCUCCUUUCCCGUUACAUUUACCUGACGAUGAACCUCUGGGUGAUCGGAGAAGCCCGGAAGGGCUAGAAACCCCCAAUUAUGCAGAGCUGUAUAGAGAUCGAAGCUCGCCAUAUGAGAAUAACUGCAACUAUAGAAGUCGUAAUAAUUUGUCAUAUUCUAAAGGUGCAAAAUAUAUUUCACGGUACACAGACAUCGAUGAUAUAUUAGGAAAUUCAAACCAGAUUUACAGUCCAUUCGUGGAUUCCAUAUUAGCAAAACGGACCAAUCACAAUAUUUCAUAUGAUGAUGAUGACGAUGAUGAAUGUGAAGAGAUAGAUCCGACUCAAGUUAGAAUCCAUGACAGCACAGCGCAAAUGCCUGUUAUCAGAAAAGUGCAUUCCAGGAAUGAUUUGAUCGACUACGACGAUGAGGAUCAAUUGGAUGAUGCCACACUCCAAGUCUUCAAAGACGGUGACUACGGACCUUACUUGGACCUUGACUCAACACUGGGCGAACAAGAUGAAGAGUUGGAGGGCUUACAAGAAAGCCGCAAAAAUGCCUUGGUUCUACGCACCCAGCUGUCGGUCAAAGUACACGCAAUUAUUGAGAGGCUUCUACACUCUCAAGGGAAGGAGCUGCGUAAGGCACUCUUCACUGUCAAACAGAUGCUCAAAUCCGAAAAGGACCUGGUCCAUGAGUUCGUCGCAAACGACGGACUGGACUGCCUCAUGCAGAUCAGCGCGAAAGAGGAUCCGACGUACCUAGAUUACAUACUGCGUGUAAUUGGACAGAUUCUUAUCUAUGUAGAUGGUAUGCAUGGUGUGAUGGACCAUAAGGGUUGUAUCCAGUGGUUGUAUUCCUUAACAGCAAGCAAUUUCAGACAUGUUGUAAAAACAACUUUAAAAUUAUUGUCAAUAUUUGUGGAAUACACAGAGACCAACAGCCUUCUCCUCAUCGAUGCUAUAAACUUCGUUGAUAAAUCAAACGGCAGGCCCGCUUGGUAUAAUAUUAUAAAAAUACUCCAAGAUUUUGAUGCUUCCGAUACUGAACUUCUAAUAUGCGCAACAAAUUUAAUAAACAUAUGUCUAAUAAAUAUACCAGAUAAGAAUAUGUAUUAUGAUCAAGUCGAUACUCUUCAAGAUCAAGGUAUAGAUGAUAUUAUCCAUUUGUACAUGUCCAAGCAAGGGACGGAUUUAGAUUUGUUACGACAAUUGCAAAUUUUCGAAGCAGUUUUGAUGUACGAAGAUGGUGAUGAUACCGAUACAGCGAUUAAACAAUUAGACGAUUCUAUAAUUAAAUCCAUGAGAAGACGAAAUAUUAAUCUGCCCAGCACCGAAACAAGAAAAUCUAAAAAAUACCAGAUGAAGGAAAAAGCCAAACAAGCCAUCAUGUCCAGUAAGGAAACUGAAAAGAAAAUUUCAAUCACUAACAAUGUUCGAUCUCCUAACCUUACCUCAUUGAAAGAAAAAGAAAACAUAGAACUGAGUACAGCUUUAAGAAAACGAAGGGACAGAUUUGCCCGACAAGCUCACCACAUUAUUCAACAAGAAGAAUUACUCAAUCAUUCAAAUGAUAUUUAUAAUGGACUUUUUGGUAUUAAAAAGGAAGAGAAAAUAAAUGUAAUUAAUAAUGAAAAGGAUACUAAUAAUAGUAAUAACAUUUAUUCUAAUAUGAACGGCAAACACCUAGGGGUGAAUGGCGGACUGAAUGGAUAUUGCAAUGGCCUCAAUGGUCACAAAGAAGAAGACAAAGGAUAUAGUAAUAAAACUACAAAACUGUCUAAUCCACCGGAUGUUUUAAUUAAUGGAAACCAAAGAUAUACUUCCGGUCUAAAACAAAGGAUACAAAAUGGUACUCUAGGUCACAGUGUCAACGCUUGUGAUGCACUGGCAGUUAUUCGCCAAAAACAACUCGAUAUUAAUCCAGAAAAACCUGAUAGAGGAAUUAUUUUGAAUAGAGAACAUAGCAUCAAAGAUUUGGCACAAAGGCUAACGAGCCCUAUUAGCCAUGUUCCGGAAGACAAACCAAUACGAGUAUCUGAUAUGGCUGGUAUAGUUUCAAAGGCUAAAGAAGAAUUGGCUAAAUCUCAAUCCAAAGAAAUAAUUAAAAGUCCCACAAUAGAAAAGAGUCCUAAAUUACACGAAAUUAAAGUGUCCGAAAAUGAUCUCCACUGGGAAGAACUGAAAAAAGGUUGUCUCAAUCGAGAAUUUCACUUAUGUGAUCUGGAUUUCUCUGAUUUGCGUCAAGAUUCGGACGACGAUAUGAUGUCACCGGCUGUGAAUGCAGCAAAUGGACCACCUCCACCACCUCCUUCGAUGCUUCCCUCCGUUGGCGUACCGCCACCUCUUCCUGGAUAUUUCCCGACUCUGACAAAAACCAAAAAGUUCCACAAUCAAUCCCUUCCAGCUGAGUUAUUAAGUGACUCCGAUACGUCAACAAUUAGGAAAAAUAAGAAAACUGUUAAAUUAUUCUGGCGUGAAAUCCAAGAAACCCCCUUCCCUACAACAGUCAGAGAAAAAGUAGGUGGGUUUAUUUGGGAUGACCUUCCCGAAGUGAACUUAGAUACCGCAAUGUUGGAACAUCUUUUUGAAUCGCGAACAAAUGAUCUGAUAAUCAAGGAGAAAUUAAUGGAGCCAAAGAGGAAUCUCAUACUAGAUGCGAAACGGUCUAAUGCUAUAAAUAUUGCAAUGAAAAAGCUUCCCACGCCACAAACCAUUAAAGCUGCAAUAAUGAAAAUGGACGCAACUGUCAUAGGAAGAGAGGGAAUAGAGAAGUUACUGACAAUGCUUCCCACUGAAGAAGAAAAAGUAAAAAUUCAAGAAGCACAGUACGCCAAUCCAGAUCUGCCUCUUGGGAGUGCAGAACAGUUCCUACUAACACUCGCUUCGAUAAAUGAAUUGCCAUCAAGGCUUAAGCUAUGGGUUUUUAAACUUGACUUCGAUAAUUUAGAGAAAGAAAUUGCUGAACCCCUUAUGGAUCUGAAGCAAGGAAUUGAAUUAUUAAAAGCAAACCGAACAUUCAAAGUCAUCCUUUCUACGUUACGAUCUGUCGGUAGCUUCUUAAAUGGUAGCCAAGUUAAAGGUUUCCGCCUCGAAUAUUUAUCCAAGGUUAUGGAAGUCAAGGAUACAGUUCAUAAGCAUCCGUUGUUAUAUCACAUUUGUGAGAUGAUCAAAGAAAAAUUCUCGGACACGACAGAUUUCUUUAGCGAGGUCGGUCCUGUUAUUCGUGCAUCAAAAGUGGACUUUGACGUGUUAAGUAACAACCUUCUUAAAUUAGAAGCAGACUGUAAGGCGUCAUGGGACCACAUGAAAAAAGUUGCCAAACACGACGGAACACAAAUUUACAAAACUAAAAUCAAUGACUUCAUAACUGACGCCGCUGAGCGUAUCAUUUUGCUAACUUUAAUAAAAAAGAGGGUGAUGAGUAGAUACAAUAAGUUCCUAUUGUACCUCGGGGUACCACCAGCAGACAUACCAAAAACUAGGCCAUCAGAAUUCCUUAAAGUUAUAGCUGAAUUCGCUUUGGAAUACAGAACAACUAGAGAACGAGUGUUACAACAGUUAGAAAAGAGAGCCAACCACAGAGAGAGAAAUAAGACGAGAGGCAAAAUGAUUAUAGAUAUUGGAAAGUAUUCAACUAAAGGCGGUGACCACACGGCUGACAAUGCACUGAAAGAACUUCUCAAGACUGAUGCAGACACCGAUAUACUCACAGAAGGUCGUCGCAAAAGCCAGCCCUGCACUAAUAAGAAAAUACUAGUAAAUGGUGACAUAUCAGCUGUUGAAGAAAUAAUCGAAAGCUUAGUUCGUUCAAAACCCUCCACGGCAAGGGAUCGUCGAAGAAACCGUAUCUCGGACAAGAAAAAUUUUAACAGAACUUUGGAUGGACAUUCAUCUUGGCCUGGGAGAGAAAGCAGCGAUGGGUCUACAAUAAAUAUGCAACAAAGAUAAUUACAUUAUUAACAAAAUUAAAAUAUGAGCGAAUUUUUUAAUCGCGCGAAUUUUAAUUUUAAGCUAAUACAAUUUUUAAUUUUGUAUCAAGUAUCAUGUUGAGUCACUAGAAUAUAAUGUGAAACAAAAAUAUUAUAUUAAAGACUCUUGUAACUUUUAAGCAGCUGUUUUUAUCGAAUUAUUGUCCUUUAACUAUAUUAAUUAUUAUACUUAAAUGCUUCUUUCUCAAAAAAAUGGCGGGGCCAAUUUAAAAAUUACGGUUUAAUGAUCUGAUGAAUGUAGGUAGGUAGGUUUAUCUAAAUGUAUUUGAAAUGCAGUGAUUACAGCAAGUACAAUGAACAUGUAAAUUGUAUUAAGUAGGUAUUUUAUUUCCAAUAAUAUAACUUAUCGUCUUCGUUAAAUAAUUACAUUAUUGUAUAAUUUUUAUAAACAUCUCAAUUAAUUAAACGCCGAUAGGAAUUUUAUCUUACCCAGAUUCGAAACAGAUGAUUGAUUAUAUUUCACUGACCUGAAUACCGUAUAUACCUAUAUUAAUUUCUCUGUUUUGUGUAAUUAUUGCGUGAUCUAGGUAACUAUGCAAUUAGGUAUUAAAAGUUUCCAUAAGAAAUAUCUCCUUGUUGUAAAUUAUUUAAUAUUAUAGCGGUAGCUGUAAAGAAUAAUCUGCGAGCUACGUGAACAUAUUAUUAAGGCCAAUCAAUGGACAUUAAUUUGAAAUAUAACAGAAAAAAUAUUUUAAUGACAAAAGUUGAAGUGCCUUCUUCCAAUUAAGUAGAUAGAUAUUGAAAAACCAUUUACUUAGAAUACUUACAACCAAAUAUUCUACUGCUGAGUUGAAUAGUUUUAUAUAAAUUAGGUAAAUACUUGUGGCUUAGAAUUUGUCUAGAAAUCAGUAUAAACGUUAUAAUUGUUAAACUUCGGUGCUUAUAAUUAAUGUGAUUUAAAUAAACCAUCUAAGGUAAAAUAUCUAACGUAUAAUUUUAAUGAGUACCUAACAAUAAUAAUCUUUGAACUUGGCAAUGUUUAAUUUAGGUAAUAAUUUUUGUAUUGUAUGUAUUUUCUAAUUCCCUUGUAUUUAUUGUAAAUGUAAAUAUUCAAUUUCAAAUAAAAAUAAUAAAAA